AUGGGGGGAGGCGGCGAGCGCCGGGCGCGGGCGCUGUGGCUGGCGGUGCUGUGGUUGUGGUUGCCCGGGCGGUGCGGCGGCGCCAUGGACGAGUGCACGGAGGAGCGGAGCGGCCGGCCGCAACGCUGCAUGCCCGAGUUCGUCAACGCCGCUUUCAACGCCACGGUGCUGGCCACCCACACGUGCGGGACGCCGGCCGAGGAGUACUGCGUGCAGACCGGCGUCACCGGCGUCACCCAGUCCUGCCACCUCUGCGACGCCGCCCAGCCCCACCUGCGCCACGGCGCCGCCUUCCUCACCGACUACAACAGCCCGGCCGACGCCACCUGGUGGCAGAGCCGCACCAUGCUGGCCGGCGUGCAGCACCCCGCCGCCGUCAACCUCACCCUCCACCUGGGAAAGGCCUUUGACAUCACGUACGUGCGUCUGAAGUUUCACACCAGUCGGCCGGAGAGCUUUGCAAUCUACAAACGCACCAGGGAAGAUGGCCCGUGGGUGCCCUACCAGUAUUACAGUGGCUCCUGUGAGAGCACGUAUCACAAAGUCAAUCGUGGCUUUAUUCGGACUGGGGAGGAUGAGCAGCAGGCGCUCUGCACAGAUGAGUUCAGUGACAUCUCCCCUCUCACUGGGGGCAACGUGGCCUUCUCAACGCUGGAGGGGCGUCCCAGUGCCUAUAACUUUGACAACAGCCCUGUGCUACAGGAAUGGGUGACGGCUACAGAUAUUAGAGUGACCCUCAAUCGUCUGAACACAUUUGGAGAUGAAGUUUUCAAUGACCCAAAAGUUCUCAAGUCUUAUUACUAUGCGAUUUCUGAUUUUGCUGUGGGUGGUAGAUGCAAAUGUAAUGGGCACGCGAGUGAGUGCGUGAAGAAUGAGUUUGGGAAGCUGGUCUGCAACUGCAAACACAACACCUUUGGGGUCGACUGUGAAAAGUGUCUUCCUUUCUUCAAUGACCGACCAUGGAGGAGAGCGACGGCAGAGAGCGCCAAUGAAUGCUUGCCUUGCGACUGCAAUGGGAGGUCGCAGGAGUGCUACUUUGACCCUGAGCUGUACCGCUCGACAGGCCACGGGGGCCACUGCAUGGGCUGCUCGGAUAACACCGACGGUGCCCACUGCGAAAGGUGCAGGGAUAGCUUCUAUCGCCUGGGGAGCGAGGAGGGAUGUUUGCCCUGCAGCUGCAACCCAGUUGGCUCCCUCAGCACGCAGUGCGACAGCUACGGCCAGUGCAGCUGCAAACCCGGCGUGAUGGGAGAGAAGUGUGACCGGUGCCAGCCAGGUUUCCACUCCCUAUCUGAAGCUGGGUGCAGGCCCUGUUCUUGCAAUCUGGCUGGCAGCACAGGGGAGUGCAACGUCGAGACAGGACGGUGUACGUGCAAGGACAAUGUUGAAGGCUUCCACUGCGAGAGAUGCAAACCUGGAUUUUUCCAUCUGGAUUCCUCCAAUCCAAGGGGCUGUACCCCCUGCUUCUGUUUUGGACACUCUUCAGUCUGCACCAACGCCGUCGGCUACAGUACCUACAGCAUCACCUCCAGCUUCCAGUUUGGAGAGGACGAGUGGCGUGCUGAGCAGCGCGAUGGCUCGGAAGUCUUACUCCAGUGGAGUGCGGAGACCCAGGAUAUCUCUGUUAUCUCGGACAGCUACUUCCCCAUGUAUUUUGUUGCGCCACGCAAGUUCUUGGGCAACCAGGUUUUGAGUUAUGGGCAAAACCUGACCUUCUCCUUCCGCGUGGACAGACGGGACACACGCCUCUCCGCAGAGGACCUGGUGCUGGAAGGGGCUGGACUGAGAGUGUCAGUGCCGCUCAUUGCCCAGGGCAACCCUUACCCCAGCGAGAACGCACUGAUCUACACCUUCAGGCUCCACGAGGCUACAGAUUAUCCGUGGAGGCCUGCUCUUACGGCAUUCGACUUCCAGAAGCUUCUCCACAACUUGACUUCCAUCAAGAUCCGUGGGACGUACAGUGAGAGAAGUGCUGGCCACCUGGAUGACGUUACCAUCACAAGUGCUCGUCCUGGACCCGGCGUGCCCGUGGCCUGGGUGGAGAGCUGCUCCUGUCCAGCGGGAUACGAGGGGCAGUUUUGUGAGCGCUGCUCGUCUGGGUACCGGCGAGAGACACCGAGCCUCGGGCCCUACAGCCCCUGCGUGCCUUGUGCUUGCAACGGGCACAGCGAGACAUGCGAGCCUGAGACAGGUAUGUGCAAUUGCAGGGAUAACACGGCGGGGUCUCACUGUGAGAAGUGCCGCGAUGGGUAUUACGGAGAUGCGACAGCGGGCACGGCCUCAGACUGCCAGCCCUGCCCGUGCCCAGGCAGCUCGAGCUGUGCCAUCGUGCCCCGCACAAAGGAGGUUGUGUGCACCAGCUGCCAGGCUGGUACUACAGGCAAGAGGUGCGAGCUGUGUGAUGACGCCUAUUUUGGAGACCCGCUGGGCGAAAAUGGUGCUGUGAGGCCUUGCCGCCUCUGCCAGUGCAAUGACAACAUCGAUCCCAACGCCGUGGGGAACUGUGACCGCCAGACGGGCGAGUGCCUCAAGUGCAUCUACAACACCGCUGGCUUCUACUGUGACCGCUGCAAGGAUGGCUUCUUUGGGAACCCCCUGGCCCCUGAUCCUGCCGACAAGUGCAGAGCAUGUCACUGCAAUCCCUACGGCACUGUGAAUCAGCAGACGAGUUGCAAUCAAGUGACCGGGCAGUGCGAGUGCCUGUCUCACGUCACCGGGAGGGACUGCAGCACCUGUGAGCCUGGCUUCUUCAACCUCCAGAGCGGACGUGGCUGUGAGAGGUGCAACUGCCACUCGCUUGGCUCCACCAACGGCCAGUGUGACAUCCGAACCGGGCAGUGCGAGUGCCAGCCUGGCGUCGCCGGCCAGCGUUGCGACAGAUGCGAGGUCAACCACUUCGGCUUUGGCUCCGAAGGCUGUAAACCCUGCGACUGUGAUCCCGAGGGUUCGCGCUCCCUGCAGUGCCAGGAGAACGGUCGCUGCGAGUGCAAGGAAGGCUUUGUGGGGAGCCGCUGUGACCAGUGUGAAGAGAACUAUUUCUACAACCGCUCCUGGCCGGGCUGCCAAGAGUGUCCAGCCUGUUACAGAUUAGUGAAAGAUAAGGUGGCGGAGCAACGAGAGAGGCUGCAGGAGCUAGAAAAUCUUAUAGCAAAUCUGGGUACGGGAGAAGAAACUGUAACCGAUCAAGCCUUUGAAGAGAGGUUGAAGCAGGCAGAAAGAGAUGUUAUGAAGUUGCUCCAGGAAGCACAAAACAGCAAAGACGUAGAUCAGGGCCUCAUGGAUCGUCUUAAAGACAUCAACAGCACGCUAGCGAGUCAGCUCAACAGGCUGAGGAACAUCCAGGGCACAGUGCGGGAGACAGAGAACCUGGCAGAGCAAGCCCGGGUGCGGGUGGAGGACACAGAAGACCUGAUCAGCUUAGCUUCCGAUAUGCUUGAGAAGGCAAAGAUGGCAGCUGACAAUGUGUCCAUUACACCUCCGGAGUCAAGCGGGGACCCUAACAACAUGACUCUAUUGGCAGAAGAGGCCCGUAAGCUGGCUGAAAGACACAAAAAAGAAGCUGAUGAGAUUGUUCGCAUAGCCAAGGCAGCAAAUGAUACUUCCACAGAAGCGUAUCAACUGCUGCUGAAGACCCUGGCGGGAGAAAACCAAACUGCAAAUGACAUCAAUGAGCUCAAUCAGAAGUAUAAUCAAGCAAGGAAUAUUUCUCGAGACCUAGAGAAACAGGCCAACAGGGUGCUUGAGGAGGCAGAGGAAGCUGGAAACAAAGCCCUGCAGAUCUACGCUAAUCUCACCAGUCUGCCUACCGUGGAUUCCGCGGGGCUAGAGAAUGAAGCAAAUAAGAUCAAGAAGGAAGCGGAGGAGUUAGAUCAGCUAAUUGCCAGAAAGCUGAAAGAUUACGAGGACUUGAGAGAAGACAUGAAAGGAAAGGAGCUAGAAGUAAAGAACCUCUUGGAGAAAGGGAAGACAGAGCAGCAGACUGCAGACCAGCUCUUGGCUCGAGCAGAUGCAGCGAAAGCCCUGGCUGAAGAAGCUGCUCGGAAGGGCAAUGGCACAUUACAGGAAGCUAAUACCAUUCUCAGCAACCUGAAAGAUUUUGAUAAGCGGGUGAAUGAUAACAAGACAGCAGCCGAGGAGGCGCUGAAAAAGAUUCCUGCCAUUACCCAAACCAUUGCUGAAGCCAACAAUAAGACGCGCCAGGCGGAGCUGGCGCUUGGCAAUGCUGCUGCUGAUGCCCGCGAAGCCAAGACUAAAGCAGAUGAUGCUGAGAAAAUCGCCGGUUCUGUUCAGAAGAGUGCUGCUGCUACCAAAGCCGAAGCUGACAAGACUUUCGCUGAUGUGACGGGGCUGGCCAGAGAAGUGGACGACAUGAUGAAGCAACUACAGGAUGCAGAAAAAGAUCUGAAGCAGAAGCAGGAUGAUGCUGAGCAGGAUAUGAUGAUGGCAGGCAUGGCCUCACAGGCUGCCCAGGAGGCAGAAGACCGUGCAAGAAAAGCAAAGAACUCUGUGAACAGCUUGCUUGCCACCGUUAAUGACCUGCUGGAUAAAUUAGGGCAACUGGAGACAGUGGACUUGAACAAACUGAAUGAGAUUGAGGGUACCCUGAACAGUGCCAAAGAAUGGAUGAAAGAUAGCGACCUGGACCAGAAAGUGUCUUUCCUUGAGAGAGAAGCCAGGAAGCAAGAUGAUGCGAUACAGGCCUACAACAGGGACAUCGAAGAGAUCCUGAAGGACAUUAGCAACCUGGAAGACAUCAAGAAGACCUUGCCAUCUGGCUGUUUCAACACCCCGUCCAUUGAGAAACCCUAAGGGUGCGCUGGGGGUGGGGGUUAUUCCUCCGGUGAGCGGUGGAGCGGUGGGUUGGCUAUGGAGUGCCUUAACACACAUUACCUUCUUCAAAUCCCCAACUCUUCGCUGCUCGCAGCCACUGUUUUCUUUUCAAAUCAGGAUAAGUUGAAAGUUUUUUUUUUUUUAAGAGAAGCAAAUUAAAUAUCCGUCUUUGGGCAUCAAAGGGGUUUUUUUAUAUAAAUUGUCUUCCUGAGCACUCCGCCUUUGCCCCUUUCUCAGACACAGUUUCCCUUUGAUUAGCGCAAGGAUGAGAGAUGCUCUGGACUCUUUUUACUGUGGUUCAGAAAUAACCAUGUGAGCUGUAUACAGCAAGGCAAAACUAACCCUACUUUCUCUCCUCUCUUCUCCUCUUCACUGUAAAAUCCUUGGUCCUGGAGCUCUCUGUCCCUAUGAAGGAAGGGGAUGGCUACCAAAGUAUUACUGUAACGGCCAGUAUAGCUGCACUCAUUCAGAUCCCUCUUCCCAACUUCUAACCCUGUGAAUUUAUUUUUUUUUUUAUCGUUACCUAGUGGCCAAUCGACAGCGUUGGUAGCCUUUGACAAAAUAGCCGAAGCCUCUUUCUGAAAUGCUUUCUGUGAUGGUGCAUCACUCUGAGAAAAACGCAGCCUCUGAGAGGAGCUCUUUGAGAAGAUGGGAUACUGGUGGAGUGGUGGGUCUUUACUGGUGGAGUGGUAGGUCUUGCCAGCCCCGCUCCUGGUCUGUGGAGAAGUUUUGGGUCCGGUCUGUAAGCAGCUGCCUGCCAGGUAGUCCAGGCUGGGGAGUGCGGAAGCCAUCAGCUGCGUUCCCAUCUGUAGGUGUUGCUAUCAAAUUGCCAGAGGAUCUUUUUUUUUUUUUUUGGCUACGAAUGUCUAAUUGACAGAUUAGUUUGUUCAAACAGGAAAAGUCUUGCUGAAGAGGAGAGCUGCCGUCCGGAGAGCUCUGACAGCUGCACUGGCCUUCAUGCUGAAUGUCUUUGGGUGGGGAAGGAAGGGGGCAUGCAAGUGGAAAUGAAAAGGUCUUUCUCCCCAUCUUCCUGGAGGAGGACAGUGGCAUUUUUGUAUCUCCCGGCAUUGCUCUCGCCUUUUGCCUGUUUUGAACGUGGCAGAAAGAGCUGGCAUUUACCAGUGCCCUCCUUUCUUUUUGCCUACUGAUCUCCCGGUCACCGUGAAGCCGCUGCAGCACAGGGACUUCAGGCCAGGCUCGGGUGGCAAUUCUGCAUUUCACACCGCUGCUGCCACCUCCCCGGCAGGCUCCAUCCCCAGGUAGUGUCUCCCAGCUGCUUACUGGUGCUGGGUGGGAGCGGUGGGGAGCCCUUCACUCCUCCUCUGGCCCUCCUCUGAGAUGAGAGCAUCCUCUGCGGCUGCCUCCUUGCCUCCAGCCUGGCAUCCCCCCCCCGCCCCCUCCUUGAGAUCCAGUAUAUAGCUAUCCUUAAACACUAUGCAACUUCGUACGUUUGCGUAGCGGGGAAGAAAUUAUCUGACACACACUGGUGCUAUUAAUUAUUUCAAAUUUAUAUUUUUUGUGUGAAUGUGAUUUUUUUUUUUUUCCGUUUUUUUAUCAUGAUUAUAGUGUGAGGAAGUCUCUCAUGUGUGCGUAUGUGUGUGUAAAUAUACUCAGCCAUAUUUCCAGAGUGGCACAGCCUGGCCUCCUCUAUGUGCUUUCCCUUAUAGCCAUCGGGGCGCGUGCACCGUGUAUCGCUUCUUUCCGUAUUAUUCCCUUAGAGCUCAGUAUUUCUCCUAGCUGGGCUCCUGCUUUCUGCCCUCUCCCUUAUCCUCAGCACCCGUAUGGGCAUCAGCAAAACCGUUUUGCCCCUUGAGUGGGUGCUGUCUAGCCCUCCCUCCAAAGCCAGCCCUGAUGCGUGGUGUUCACAGCACCCCAUUUUGUGUCCCUUGUCCCUGGGGACAUCGUGCCAGGAGGAGAGUAGGGGCUGUGGCUUUGCAGCUGGGCUGUGAGGAGCUGUAGCACUGUCAGGAGACCGGACCCAGCGUUGAGGUGGUCAGAAAGCUGGAUUUAGGGACGUCUUGAUACCACUGUGCGAGGCGGGAGGCUUGGUGCACCCUCGGGAACGGCGCUGCUGGGCGGGGGGUGUUCCCCGCAAACCCCGUAUUGCUCUUGUACCCCUUCUCUUGGAGAUUCUUACCACUUACCAGCUUGGGAUUUCCCCCUGCCUGCAAACAUAACUAAUACCUGGAGGAGAGCUUACCUGUGCUCACCCACGCCUGUGGGACGUUGAGGUCAGUGUCUUGGCCGGCUGCUCUGGUCAGAUGGCUGGCUGUAACCGCGUCACCUCUCUGCCAAGGCUGUGAGAAGAGCAGAUGCGAAGAUGCGCGCACGCCCUGGCUGACCUCAGGCCUAAGGUUUCCUGCUUUCUUCUCUUUUUUUUUUUUUCUUAAGCUGUUUUUAACAGAAUUUUAUUUUUAAAUAAAAAAAAAAAUCUUUAUAAGCGAUCUCUUAAUCACUACUGCAUUACAGCCAUUAUUCAUUGUAUAAGUCCAGUUAUUUCUUUACGUAAUGUGAUGAUGCGACAGCUGCUGGUGGAGUGCUGGAUGUCACGGGCAACGCGUGACAAUCCCUUCAUCACCUUAUUCCUGACUGUGGCCCCCUCAGUACGUGCCUUCACUCCAGCUUUUUGCCUUAAUCUGUGGUCUUGCUGUCUGGGGCGGUGAACAAAAUGCAACACUUGCAGUUUUUAUGUAUAAAACAGUAUUUCUUAUUUAUAAUAAAGUCUGAAUAUUUGUAACCCCUUA